AUGAAGACAGAGUUCAAGUUUUCCAACUUGCUAGGCACCGUCUAUGGUCGAGGCAAUCUCGUGUACACACCUAAUGGCGAUUCCUUACUGUCACCAGUGGGCAACCGUGUAUCUGUCUUUAACUUGACGAAAAACACAAGUUAUACCCUUCCCUUUGCCCACCGCCGAAAUAUCACCCACCUCGACCUGACUCCAGACGGCAAGUUGCUCCUCACAAUCGAUGAAGAUGGCCGUGCAAUACUGUCUAUCUUCACGAGAAGGGUCGCCAUCUACCACUUCUCCUUCAAAAGCCCUGUUACGGCGCUAGCAUUCUCACCCAGCGGAGAGCAUUUCAUUGUUGGACUGGGCCGGAAGAUCCAAGCCUGGAAGACUCCUUCCACCCCUGGUGGGGAUGCAAAUGGAGAACUCGAAUAUGCGCCUUUUGUUCUCCAUCGAGAAUAUGGUGGACAUUUUGACGAAGUCAGAGACUUGAGCUGGUCAGGAGAUUCACGCUUCUUUUUGAGCUCCUCGAAAGACCUUAACUCUCGAGUAUGGAGUUUGGAUCCUGAAGAAGGCUUUGAACCUACAGUCCUUUCUGGACACAGACAGCAAGUCAGAAAUUCUUGGUUCUCGGUCAGUCAAGAGUCAAUAUACACUGUCAGCGAGGAUGGUGCCUUGUUCAGGUGGGAAUUUGUUCCAAAACAACACGAUGACGAGGAGGAACCUGCAGAUCCAAUUGACGAGAGAUGGCGAAUCGUGCAACGAAACUAUUUCAUGCAGAAUGCCAAGCUGAAAUGUGCAGCUUUCCAUCCUCCGACAGGGGUUCUAACAGUUUGUUUUGACAACGGGUUAUUCUCUCUAUACGAACUUCCUUCCUUCUCAAAUAUUCACAGCCUUUCCAUGGCCUCUUCACCUAUCUCUGCUGUCUCCAUCAACAAGACUGGGGAGUGGCUGGCAUUUGGCUCAUCGAAGACUGGUCAACUGCUUGUCUGGGAACACGCCUCAGAAUCCAAUAUCCUCAAACAAUCAUCACACCUGGACACGAUGACGACACUAUCAUAUUCUCCUGACUCUACGAGGAUUAUUACUGGAGCUGAUGAUGGUCUCAUAAAGAUAUGGGAUGUGUCAUCUGGCUUCCAUAUCGCAACAUUCACAGAGCAUACGUCAGCAGUCACCGCCUCAGCAUAUUCGAAACGAGGGAAUAUCCUGUUCACUUCUUCUCUUGAUGGUUCUGUUCGGGCUUGGGACAUGCUACGUUAUCGAAACUUCAGAACAUUCACCGCCCCCAUUCGGCUGUCCUUUUCCUGCUUAGCAAUAGACCCUUCUGCAGAGGUCGUUUGCGCUGCAUCACAUGAUUCCUUUGAAAUACAUCUCUGGUCUGUUCAAACAGGAGCAUUACUUGAUCGGCUCUCUGGCCAUGAGGGUCCAGUAUCAACCUUGGCUUUUACCCCAGACGGACGAUAUCUAGUCUCAGGAUCAUGGGACCGUACCAUUCGCGUAUGGUCGGUUUUCGAUCGAUCCCAAACUUCCGAGGCUCUACAGCUCACUUCAGACCUUCUUUGUGUUGCAAUUCGACCUGAUUCUGCUCAAAUUGCUGCGUCAACACUUGAUGGAUCAAUUUCUUUCUGGAAUCUCAACACAUCAAUACAAGAGUCUGGGCUUGAUGGUCGGCGGGAUGUUAGUGGCGGCCGAACCCUCACCUCUCGUCGAACCGCUGCAUCAACCCCAGGAACCAAAUCUUUCAAUACCAUAACAUACUCUGGUGAUGGAAGUUGCCUCCUCGCUGCAGGAAACAGCAAGUAUAUCUGUUUAUAUGCUGCUAGUACCCUCACGCUUGUCAAAAAGUUUACCGUCUCGAUAAAUUUGAGUUUAGAUGGUACUCAAGAAUUCUUGAACUCAUCUGCCAUCAUGUCCAAUGGCCUUCCACGCGAUAUGAUUGACACUGAAGGUGAGGCAAGUGAUCUCGAAGAUCGGAUCGAUAGAAGUCUGCCAGGUGUGAAACGUGGCCGAGAUGCAACUGCUCGUACUCUACGGCACGAAGUCAGGGUUACUAGUAUCGAAUUUUCUCCAGCAGGAAGAAGUUUUUGUGCCUGUAGCACCGAGGGAUUACUAAUAUACAGCUUAGACAGUGCUGGAAGCGAAGAUUUCGACCCCUUUGAUCUCGACAUUGAUGUCACGCCGCAGAAUAUCCGAGCCUUACUAAAACAGUCUGAGCCUGAAUAUCUCAAAGCCCUUGUCAUGGCUUUCAGAUUAAACGACCGCAAUCUAAUACGAUACGUCUAUCAGUCAGUCCCUUACGGUUCGAUACCACUCCUUGUCCGAGAACUUCCCAAAGUCUACCUCAGUCGUUUGUUAAUGCUCCUAGGCCAACAGAUGGAAAAUAGUCCACAUCUUGAGUUUGCGUUGCUUUGGGUAAGCGAAGUGUUGAGUAUACAUGGUCGCUAUAUCAAAGAGAAGCAGGGCGAUUUUGCUGCUGAGCUCCGAGCCGUUCUUCGAGGAGUGGAUGGAGUGGGUAGAACUGUACGGAGCUUGAGUGAGAGAAAUGCUUUCGAAAUUGAAUUUCUAUGCCAGCAGAAGCCCACAGCGAAUGGAACGUAUAAGCUGAUUGAGGAUAACUCUCAAAAGGAUGUGGUCAAUGGAGACGCGAUGGAUGAAGACGAAGGCGAUGGUGAAUGGAUUGGUCUCGAGUAA